GUCGAAGAGGCUGCUGCCGCUCCCGCUGAGCCAGCCACCCCUGCUCCAGUGGUCGAGGAGGAGACCAAGGCCGUCGCUGCCGUCGUUGAGGAGCCCGCCAAGGAGCCAGAGGCUGCCGCCCCUGCCCCUGCUGAGCCUGCCGUCGCUGAGCCGGUCGUCGCCGCUUCAGAGGCCGCUCCCGUCGUCGAGUCGGCGGCUCCUGAAGAGACUCCUGCUGUCCCGGCUGCAGCUGAGCCGGCCGUCGUGGAGGAAGCUGUGGUCGAAGCCGCCAAGGCCGAGGAUGUCCAGGCCGCCGCCCCUGCUCCCGUUGAGGAAGUCGUCGCCGCCCCUGCUCCCGUGGAAGAGGUCGCCGCCGCCCCUAGUCAGGCUGAGGCCGAGCUGCAGCAGGCGGAGGAGAAGGCUGCCGCCGUCGUCGAGGAGAGCAAGCCUGCUGAGGAGCCAGUGGCUGCCGAGGUCACUGAGAAGCCAGCUGAGGAGGUGGUUCCGGCCGCUGUCGAGGAGGCUGCUUCCGCUGCCGCCGUCGUCGAGGAAGUCGCCGCUGCUAAGGAGCCGGAAGUUGCUGCUGCCCCGGCCGCCGAGGCUGAGGCCGCUGUGACUGAGGUUGCCGCUGCUGCCCCAGUGACCGAGGAGACUGCUGCCGUCGCUCCGGCCGCCGCCGAGGAGGAGAGCAAGCCCGCUGAGGAGGCCGUCGCCGCUGCCCCAGCUGCUGAGGCUGCUGAUAUUCCAACCGAGUCUGCGGCCACCAGCGAGGCAGUCGUCGCCGAUUCCACCGACGUCGUCACCGCUCCUGCUCCAGCUGCCGAGGCUGCCGUGGAGACUUCUUCGACCACCGAUGGGGNUGAGGAGCCAGUGGCUGCCGAGGUCACUGAGAAGCCAGCUGAGGAGGUGGCUCCGGCCGCUGUCGAGGAGGCUGCUUCCGCUGCCGCCGUCGUCGAGGAAGUCGCCGCUGCUAAGGAGCCGGAAGUUGCUGCUGCCCCGACCGCCGAGGCUGAGGCCGCCGUGACUGAGGUUGCUGCUGCUGCCCCAGUGACCGAGGAGACUGCUGCCGUCGCUCCGGCCGCCGCCGAGGAGGAGAGCAAGCCCGCUGAGGAGGCCGUCGCCGCUGCCCCAGCUGCUGAGGCUGCUGAUAUUCCAACCGAGUCUGCGGCCACCAGCGAGGCAGUCGUCGCCGAUUCCACCGACGUCGUCACCGCUCCUGCUCCAGCUGCCGAGGCUGCCGUGGAGACUUCUCCGACCACCGAUGUGGAAGAGCCAGCCGCUGAUCCCCAGGGACAGGAUGGACCGCAGGAGCCGGCCGCCGCCGCCACCGAGCAGCCCGCCCCGCUGCCCGAGGCCGCCGACCUGAAGGCCAAGAUUGCCGCCGAACAGGUGAACAGCAAUGGCGAGCUGCCCGCAGCCGUCAACGGCGUCAAUGGCGUCAACGGCGAUGCCCCCGCCGCCGCCGUCGAGGAGGCCGCCUCCUCGGUGCCCGACGUGGCCGCCGUCUAA